AUGGCUUUCUUCGCUAAAGAUCACAAAAUAGCAGAAAAAGGUGGAAUUUCCAGUAAUGGAGGUUCCACGCUGGAUUCUAGCCAUAAUCCAGGCAACAACAUUUUUACCUAUGCAUCACUUUUUCAAGAUAUCAAGAGUCAGAAGCGAACAACCUUCAACAUUGCUUCAGCUAUCGACAACAACGCCUCCACAACUGGGAGACCUUUGGACUACAACUCAACAUUCGUAGAAGCUAAAGAUGACUACUCCGUCAUUGAUUGUUCUCAAUUUGCUGGUAUGGUAUUCAGAGAGAAGCCCUUGCUCACUUGUCUUCGAGAUUACUAUUCCAAAGGAUUGGGAAUUAGAACACGUAUGGUUGGCAAGUACCAUACGGUCAUUGAAAUCAACUUCCCAAGCCAGGGAGAUUGCGAGGAGGCUCUGAACAAGGAACUCGUCUUACAAGGGAAGAUAAUCAAGAUGAACAAGGCUUUGGACAAAAAAUGCCAACGUCUUCAGAAAGGGGAGAAGGAAGGCUACAUCCCUUUCGUCGAAAUCCCCAGCGAUGAUGAGGCACUUUCCAAGGGGGAAGUAUCUUCAGCAGACGAGCCAGAGUCUGAUUCCGACGCUGAAAACGUCCAAGGGCAUUCAACCAACUUGAACGACAGCAAGGAUAUGCAAAUGGAAGAGGUUUUUGAUAACAGGGAUCAGGAGGAGAUGAAUGAAUCUCAAGUUGGUGCAUCUCAGGAAGGUGGCUCCCAUGAUGGUGAAUCUCAGGAUGGUGAAUCUCAGGUUGCUGAAUCGGAGGGUCGGAAAUCUCAGGCCGGUAGCCUCUCACAAGAGGAUGCUCCCAAUAGACAUCUCGAGGAGGAGGACAAUAAUUCCUUUGGUGAUGAGGAGUAUGCCAAGUCUACUAGCGAGGAAGAUAGCGAUGGGGAAUCUCCUAAGGUUAUUCAGAACAAUGUAAGCAGAUAUAACUUACGACACUCUGGGCACAAGAAGAAUGUAGAUGAACCUACUGAGGAACAUCCCAAGCGGUCUAUUGAUGAACUGGCUUCUACCCCUCCAGUAGAGGACAGCGAAAGUCCUGGCAAAAAGCAGAUUAAACAGCAAGAGACUAAUGCCAGAGAUAAAAUGGUCUUGGAUGGAUCAUCAACUACAAACACAUUAUAA